UUCUCAUUUGCACACUUUAAAAAGAAAGAAAGAAAGAAAAAGAAGAAGCAGGGACAGCAGCAGCAGAAGAAGAAAGAAAGAAAGAAAGAAAGAAAAGCUGGCGUGACGAUGAUCUUUUAGUAUUACUAUUAGGGGGAUACAUAAUAAUCGUUCAUCCGUAUUCUAGAACAGAGAAAAACAGAAAUGGGCGUGGUUUCUGUGGACGACUUGCAAAUAUCGCCGUCCGGCGAUUUGCAUCCCGGAAAAGAGCAACAAGCAGCCGGAGUUGGAAUACUCCUUCAGAUCAUGAUGCUUGUUCUCUCCUUCGUCCUUGGCCACGUUCUUCGUCGCCAUAAAUUUUAUUAUCUACCUGAAGCCAGCGCUUCUCUUCUUAUCGGUCUAAUUGUAGGUGGACUCGCUAACAUCUCAAAUACUGAAAAUAACAUCAGGACAUGGUUUAAUUUCCAUGAGGAGUUUUUCUUCUUGUUUCUGCUACCUCCUAUUAUAUUUGAGUCAGGGUUCAGUUUAUCACCUAAACCAUUCUUUUCCAACUUUGGAGCCAUUGUUACCUUUGCUAUCUUUGGAACCUUUAUAGCUUCCGUUGUUACAGGUGUUCUGGUUUACCUUGGCGGUGUCAUGUACCUGAUGUACAGACUUCCAUUUGUUGAAUGUCUUAUGUUUGGUGCUCUAAUAUCAGCAACAGAUCCCGUGACUGUUUUAUCCAUAUUCCAGGAACUUGGCACAGAUAUGAACCUUUAUGCUUUGGUGUUUGGAGAAUCUGUCUUGAAUGAUGCGAUGGCAAUUUCCUUGUAUAGGACAAUGUCCUUAGUAAAAAGCCAUGCACCAUCUGGAUCAAAUUUCUUCAUGUUGAUUGUGAGAUUUCUUGAGACAUUUGUUGGCUCUAUGUCAGCUGGUGUGGGAGUUGGUUUUACUUCUGCAUUGCUUUUCAAGUAUGCUGGUUUGGAUAUUGACAACCUUCAGAAUUUGGAGUGUUGCCUUUUCGUUCUAUUUCCAUAUUUUUCGUACAUGCUUGCUGAAGGUCUUAGCCUCUCUGGUAUUGUGUCGAUCUUGUUCACAGGAAUGGUCAUGAAACACUAUACCUACUCAAAUUUGUCAGAAAAAUCUCAGCGAUUUGUUUCUGCGUUUUUUCAUCUAAUAUCGUCGCUAGCUGAAACAUUUGUAUUUAUAUACAUGGGGUUUGAUAUUGCAAUGGAACAACAUAGCUGGUCUCACGUUGGAUUUAUCUUUUUCUCAAUUAUAUUUAUUGGAGUUGCAAGGGCAGCAAAUAUCUUUUCUUGUGCAUAUUUGGUCAAUUUGGUUCGACCUGCUCAUCGUAAAAUACCUUUAAAUCACCAGAAAGCACUUUGGUACAGCGGACUUCGAGGGGCUAUGGCCUUUGCCCUUGCUUUGCAAUCAAUUCAUGAUCUUCCAGAAGGACAUGGCCAGACUAUAUUCACUGCAACCACUGCUAUAGUUGUGUUGACGGUGCUGUUAAUUGGAGGUUCAACUGGUACCAUGUUGGAAGCCUUGCAAGUCAUUGGAGAUGGACAUGAAUUUGCUGGGCCCGUGGGUGAAAGUUUUGAGGGGAAUAAUGGUUACAUUGCUCCCUCUUAUGAUGAGGAUUCAGCAUCAGGGAACAGGUUGAGGAUGAAGCUUAAAGAGUUCCACAGGAGUGCGGCAUCAUUCACAGCAUUAGAUAGGAAUUACCUCACCCCUUUCUUCACAAGUCAAAAUGGAGAUGAAGAAGAAGAUUUCGAUGACCCUAUGCCAAGCUCUGGAAGAGGGGAUUUCCGCCCUAUCUAGAUCGACUGUUUGGGUACUUCGACUGAUGACCCUAUGCCAAGCUCAAGAAGAGGGUAUGUCCGCCCUAUCUAACAUCCACUGACAGUUGAAGACAUACAGCAUUGUCAUAUUGAAAGAAAUUUGUAGAUAAUUUACAGGUGAAACUGCAUCUUUGCACAUAUUAUGGCCACUCAAAUUGCGUUCCUGCCUGCUGAGAGAUAGUGUUAUACAUUAUUAGAUGUUAUACCGACCAGAAAUUUCUUAGCAUUCGUACAUAUAACAAUUAUCAGUGCAUCCAUUCGCUAAUUUCACAAUUAGACUGUUUAUUUUACACCCAAUGCGUUUCAUUCCUUCCCACGUAGCUAGUUAGGAACUUAAUGCUAUUGAAGUUGAAGUUUAUGAUUCUGAGAUUUCGUAGAGUUUUAUUUUUACACGUUUUGAUGCCAAUAAUUACAAUGCUAGAAGACCCAGUUUAUGGACUUUUAUCGACA